UCACAGCUCUUCACAACCAAAAGCACUACUAUACCACUCUUCUACUCUUCAUUUCCCAAAUCACUCUCUUUGCUCUUUGUUGUUUGCUCUUUCAUUCCCUUUGCUUUUCAAUGGCCGCUGUUGAGGUUACAAGCGUGGUGACAGCAUUGCCCGAAAAUGAAACAACAGAGGUGAGCAAGACCCAAGAGACUCAGCCAGAGGAAACCGUGGUUGCACCAGCAGCCCCAGUCCCAGAGGUAGAACCAGUGGCUGCUGAAGAAGAACCGAAGGAGGAGGCUGCAGUAGCAACAGAAGAAGCACCAGCCGCAGUACCGGCGGAGGUUGAAGUCGAGAGCAUGGAAGUUGUUGGGAAACCUAAAGUUGCUGCUGAAGAGCCAGUGGUGGUGGUUGAGGAGGAGAAACCAGCAAAAGAAGUGGUUCCAGAGGUGAAGCAAGAAGAGGCUGCCGUUGUUACUGAAGAAGAGACAAAAGAAGAAACUGCUACUUAGGUUACCGAUGCACCGGCAGCUGAGGAAUCAGCACCGGUACCGGUCCCAGCUGCUGAAGAAGAAAAAGCAAGUGAAGCAGUGGUUGAGGAGAAAACAGAAGUUCCAGCAGUUGACAAGGCUGAGGAAUAGAAUAUGAAGUGGUUCUGCAAUAGUGGGGGUCAUCUAGGACUUGCAUGUUAAAGUUGCUUUUUCUAUUUUCUUUGAAGGUUUUAAUUUCAUUUAGUUGGCUUUUUUUUUUAAAAAAAAAUAAAAAUAAAAAAUUAUAUCUAUUGUUGUGGUUUUUGGGAGCUAAAAUUAUUAAUAUUUGAUUAUCACUUGUGUGCAUGUCAACAUACUUGGAGGAGUGAAGGGUAGAACAUGGAUUUUAGUUGCAAGAGAGUCAGUGAGUUUGAUGUGGAAAAAAAAAUAAAGAAAGAAAAAAAAGUCUAUUAGUGUGAGAAA